AUGUGGGAUCAACUCAGUUCGUACGUUGCGCGGCUGCUCGCCUCCUAUCCAUAUCAUUCAAUUUCAGGUUUUUUUUUUUAUUCAAAAAUUCGAGAGAAAUGUGUUAAGAAGUGAAAUAAAUAGCUUUUUAUUGAAUAAUUAGUUAAAAUAAAUUAGGAAAAAUAGUCUCUCAAAACGCGGCCUUUAUAGGGAUUUUUUUUUUCGUUUUUCUGUUUUUUUUUUAUAUUGCAAUGAAUUGAGAAAAUAUGGUGUUUUCCUCGGAGAAAUAAUUUCUGGUCAAAUUUUUUCAGCCAGCGUCCUGUUUUGCGUAUUGAUGACCGGAGGCCUGGUGCACAUCAAAUUGGAGCAGGAUAUUCGGGCGUCUUUUUCGCCUGUUGGCUCAGAAACUGAAUAGUGAGUGUGAUAAAUCAUUUUUCUUUGAAAAGAGGAGACCAAGAGGAAUCGAUUGAUAUCUGAUUGGAAAGAUAAAAGUUAGAUUGAUGGAAAUUGUGAUUAAUCACCUUUUUGAAAAUUUUUGGCUUUCUUCUGUUAUAAUACAGGAAAUAUAUUCUUUCUAUCGGAUUUUCGGGGUAUUCGUGUUCAUUACUUUCAGUGAAACCGAGGUUUAUCUCGACUUUUUCAACCUGACGGUCUACCCGGAAAGAGCCUUCCUCAUUUUCACCGCACGUGGUGAUAGCAACGUCCUGGCGCCGCAAAAUUUGAAACAUGUCCGUUUUUUUCGCCAAUCGUUCAUGAUUUCAAAAAAUUUGAAGGAAAAUUGAUCAUCGUAAAAUUACUCUGUCAUUUCAGGAGCGGGUAUUAAUUUUUUAUUUUCCGAAUUUUUUUCGGCUUGUCGCUUUCACUUCAAUAAAAUUCGAAGAAUGACAAUAUUUUUUGAGAGAAAGUUUCCUACAAAAUAAUACAGUUUUUGAACUUUCAGGUCCUCGGCCACGAUGCCGAGAUUCAAGCGGCCAUUUCCACGUUGGAUCCUUCGAACCGAAGAAAUUGCGAACCGCUUUGCGACCUUAACAAACCAUUUCAUUAUUUGAUUGUAUGUUGUUGAAUUUAAAAGCAAAAAUUUUCACUAAAAUUAGCUUCUUAGGGAGAAAUUGAGAGAAUAUAUUGAAAAAUUUAGCAUAUUUCAAAAAAGGAACUUUUUGAGGAUUUUUUCAUAAAAUAGUCAAAAAAAUCCUUUUCCAGAGCCAACUGCAGCGGAAGAAUCUGACAAACGACGACGUAGCCCAUUUGGGAUUUCCGGACACGGAGAUUUUUGGGACACAAGGUCUUUCUCGGCCUUCAUUUGAGCGACGUUUUGAUAGGUUGCUUUUUGAUCUUUAGAAAAAUUUUAAUCUUGGAAGAAAGUAGUUGAUGAAUUUUAUUAGGCUUAAUACUUGUGAAAAUGACGAUUAACUUCGAAAAAGUUAUCCUAUGAUCUUUCAUUAGGCGCAGACUUAUUCUGCGCCAUUUGGGUUCAGGCUGAGUUGGAAAAAAGGGCGUUUCGUUAACUUUUUCUAUAAAUCAAAUAUGUUAUUCGUUGAAUUUCGACAAGGAAUUCUCAAAAAAAAAUUUUUUUUUUCUCCUUUCAUUUGAACAACGUUUGGUUGAUUCUUCGAAAUCUAAAUAAAGAUUUCGAAAGUUUUAGCUCGAGAGAAAUAGAAACAUGAUAAAAUAUUUGAAAAAAUAAUUUACUAUAAAAAAGGCACCUUAGGAUCUGUCAAUAUUAUUUAAAUCUCGAAAUGGGUGUUAGAGCUGUUCUCGGGGCGGUCCCGGUCGACCGAGGGCGCCCCGACCUGCGGCGUAUUCGAGGGCGGCCGCGGUCGGCCUUUGGUAAGGGUCAACUCGGUCGACCCGUAGAUACAAAUUUUUUUUUUGAUUCCCGGUUUGUUGCGAAUUAUAAGAAAGCGAAAGAAGCGCAAGUUUUACUGAAAUGAAAGUGAAAGAAAAAAACAUUUUUAUCGAGCACAUAAAGAAGAAAAAUCGAUGAAAUGAGAUAUUAAUCCAAAAUUCAAUAGUUUUCUAAGUGGCCAGAACAAUUUACAAAACUAGAGAAAAACAAAAUAAUAAAUAAGAGAUAAUUUGAAAUUUUCACAUCAUCAGGAAUUUCAUUUUUCGCAAAAAAAUUCAUUCAAACCACUAUUUGAAAUAUUAUUUUUUUAUUUACAACGAGAAAAAAACGAAAAAAAGAUUCGAAAAAAGUGAAUUCAAAAAAAGCCGAUUUCUAUCAAAAAAACAAUAAAAAUUAAACUUUUCAUGGAUCAUAAAUAACUUAAACAUUCAUUUUCAAUAUGAAUAACUGAAAUAAAAACAAAAAAUACGGGAAAAAAAAUUCUCGCGCUCGCUUCGGGGGCCUGAAUGAAAACCGCUUCGCGGGCCGGGGCGCGUCGCGGUCGGGUCGGGGCGGCCUCGGCCAGGGUCGCCCCGACUUGAGAACAGCUCUGGGUUAAAUCUUUGAGAUUCAGACUUCUUUUUAGUGUUUUAAGCUUGAAAAGGUUUUUUUUAUACAUUUAUUGAUGAUUAAACUUCAAAAAAGAAGAUACCGAGACUGAAAAAUCUUAAAUUUUGUUGACGUUUUGAGCAGAGAGUCUGGUGCAAAGAAUUUUCGAUUUCUGAAAAAUUCUUCUAUUAAGAAACUUCAUGAACUUUGAUAAUAUAUGAUCAUAUUUGCCAGAUUUCAAGAAUUUAUCGCAUCCGAUGAGCGCAAAAACCAUCAUUCUUUGGUAUUUUUCACGGUCCGACAGUCCUGCAGCGAAAAGCGCCUUCGGGGUUCGGCUUCUUCCAUUUUCAGGCGUUACUUUCAAUUUUCAGAAGAAAAUCAACGAGUUGUUCGAGCUGAGCAUGAACGAAGAGCUGUACGAGGAGAUCGAAUUCACGGUUUUCAGCGAUCAAAUCGCGAAUCGGGAAAUGAUCCGAGGAGCUAUUGAGGUCGAGUUUUGAAGCCGUUGAUUUCAAAAAAAAAGGAAUCACAAGAAAAAUUUUGGUUAGGAAAAGCUUGAAACAACUGGAAGACUUAUGAUAUUGAAGUAUCAAAGGGAGGAAAUGAUUUUAAGUCAGAAGGGCGUUUGUUUUGUGAAUUUUUAGGGGAAAAGUGCGAAUUUCGGAACCUUUGUGAACAUACUUUUUUUAGAUUUUGUAAUAUCUGAUUGGAAGUUCAAAAAAAAAUUGGGGUUGAAAGUUUAGCGACAAGAACUCCAUUUUUGACUAGCAGUAUUCAAAGUUUGUUCAAGUAUUUCUUUAUUACAAAAAAAGUCGGAAGGAUUUCUUCGAAUAAUUGGCUCUACUGGUACUUGAAAUUUGAGGAUUCAAGCUUGAAAGAUUUAUUUUGUUCCGAAACUGGAAUGAAUAAAAUAUGAAAUUAGAUUUCUAGGCGACGACCCUGAUGACGAUCGGAUUCUUUCUACUGCUCACUCUGACAAUUAUCGUCAUUUGGAGACAAACUUCCAUCCGUCAGGCGCCUGUUUUGGGUGAAUAUUAUGGAAAAAGAAACUAAAUUUCUUCGAAUAAAUUCAAAAUUGAAAUAGGAAAAUUUCUUCUAAAAAUCUUUCAAGAUUUAGAUUUUCCAUAGUUUUAUUUUUUUCCGAUUUUAGAUCGAUGAAAAGUCAUAUUUUGGUUAUAGCUUUUUAAAAUCCUUGUUCAAGUGUUUGAAGCCGCAGAAAGGCUUGAAAAAAAGGCUUUUCAAGCUGUGCUCCUUAAAGUAAAAGUAACAACAAUGUUUUUGCGAAUGAAGGACGUUAUAUAGUCGGUUCACGGCUAGCAUGAGAGACAAAGAGGCGGGGCCUGUCUGCGCUCUCUACCAACCAGUCACUAUUUCUUCUUUUAUCGUGUCAGGACUUUUUUUCGACGACUCAAGCCAGCCGUGAAUUGUUCAAACUGUGUGGUUGAGUGUUGAAUUGUAAAUGAUCGGAUAAUCAGUGGCCGUAUCACUACUGACGCCGAUCGCCGCGACGGUCUCCUCCUUCGGAGCCCUCUGCUGGCUGGGCCUUCCUUCCUUCUCGAUCCAGUGCGUCACGCCGUUCCUCGUCCUCGGCAUCGGCGUUGACGACGCCUUCAUCCUCAUUCACAGAUGGCGUCAUCAUUCUUCGAUCGUUGAUCGGUGAGGGGUCGAUAAAUUUGAUGAGAAGUUCUUCGACUCUUUCAAGACCUGCUUCUUGGGCAAAUUUUGGAAAGAGUUUGGAAGGUGAAUGGAACCUAGAAGGUCUCGAAAGUUCCAGAAAACGUUCAAUAAGAAAUUGGAAAGUAGUAUUUGACCACUUUCUGGAAAAGCUUCCAAACGCCUUCCAAGAAAAAGAGAGCAGAAGCUUCUCACUACGCCAUAUAUUGCCCGAGAUUGAAGGUCUUCGACUACAGUUUUUGAGUCUACGUUCGAAUCUUCGAAAGUGAGAGAGUGUUCGAAAAUGAGAGGGCGGGUGUUUUCUCUUUCUCUGGGCACCCUCAUUUUUACCAGUGCUCUCUAGCUUCGAAGGUUCGAACGUAGACUCCGGUUUUCCAGAGUGAUCGGGAGGUCGGUCGCACUGAAAAAAACUUGUUUCUAUGCAAAUUUUGAGCCAAACCUUUUGCGGACAUAGUAGAUCACAAAAAAGUGACCAUUUUGUCAGAUUUUAUAGGAAAGAAAUUAAGGAAUUCAUGGAAAUUUUUUUUUUUUAACUUUAAGGUUUAUUAUUUUUUCCAGAACAAGCCGCCUGGACCAAGUUAUCGUGGACGUUGGCCCAUCCAUUACCAUCACCUCAUUGACCAAUAUUAUCGCUUUUGGAAUCGGAUUCUUCACUCCAACUCCGCAGGUUUCACCUUUUUUUUUUGUUCAAACUUUAGAAAAACGGAUUCAAGAUGUCUUUGUUCUGCCUGGCGGCCUCGUUGGCCUUAUUGUUCGACUACAUUUUCACCUAUACGAUCCUGGCGCCGUUCGUUUUCCUCUCCAACGAUGAGAACUACGUGCCGGUUUCGUCGAAAUCCGAAAAACUGUCGCCUCAUUCGUUCUUGGCCAAGGUUUUGAGCAAGAAGAGCGAGAGACCAACGGCGGUCUGAGGAGACUGUAGAGAAAUGACUCUUUUUCUGCUUUUUCUCUUGGGCCUGUAUCGACCUUCUAAGACCUUAAAAUUCAGCGAAAAUCAAGGGAGAGAAAAGUGUUUUUUGGAGAGAUGUCAGACAGUGAGAUUGAUUGAACUUCUCUGGCGUCUCUCCAGUUUGAUGUUCUUUUCAUGGCAGUCAUAGAACUCAUAUGAGUAACAGAAGCAAGAGAUCAGGACCUCAAGAAGAGACACACAAUGGCGAGAGUUGUCUAUUUCUCUAGAGUCUCUUCAUUCUGUCCUUGUCUUUUUCCCCAGUUUUUCAAUAGCAGUUACUUAUUACAGUACUCCCGAUUCCUUUGCUCACUGAACGGCCGAUUGAUUUGUGGACUAGUUCUGAUCAGCUUCUACGCCUUCACGACGUACGGCGUCUUCACGAUGAAGGCCACUUUCGAGCCGGCCAAGGCGUUUCCUUCGAAUUCUCGCCUUGUCAACGCCCUCAAUGCAAUCAAGUGCGAUUUUUUGGGUUAUUAUCUGAAAAAGGAAGUCAAGCCGAAUAGAUAGAUAAAAUAUACGAUGUGAACAUAUGGUUUUGAUGGGGAAAAAAAUGAUCUUGAAGUUGAGAGUUUGAGUUUUUUGGAACACUUUCGGGAGGUCUUCUAUGAUUUUUGUGAUCGAUUUUUUCUUUCAUGCUGUCUCAAAGGUUUUUAGUGAGUCUGUAUAGUUUGAACUCUCGAAAAAAUCAGUCAUUGAUCAGAAUUCCGAAAGGACUUUUUUUUUAUAACCUCCUUUUAGGCCAGUUUUCAACGUCUACUUCCCGAUCAACGUUUUCGUCAAAUCCCCGCCAAAUAUUUCCAAUUCUGAGGAGGUUUUUUUUUCUUUUUAUUCUUUUUUUUAAAUUAUGUUUAUUUUCCUUUGUCAGUCGAUUUUUUUAUAAAUAUUUUUUUCAGUACAAGGACUUCUAUCGGAUGAUCGACGAUCUGGAGCAAGUUCCUGGAAUUUUGGGCGAUAAUCGAACUCUGCUGUUCCUGCCUCACUAUGAAGCUUUCGAUCGGAAGGUGGAGUCUUGGAAAAUCACCAUUUUGUUGGUACAAGCCUUGCCCGCACUUGGAAUGGCUUGGAGGGUCUAACUUUUCUUUUCACGUCCUUGAGACCAAAUUUGAGUGCUCGGAUCGUUCCGCAAAACUUUGUAGCUCACAAAUUUAAAAACAAUAAUUUUUAGCAGAUUUCGUCAGUCAAUCUCUUGAGCCGAAUUUCGAGUGCUAAAUUUUAAAUUUCGCUGAAAACUAAAACAAAAUAGUUUGUUUCCAGAUCUCCUCAGUGAUGAGCUUCUUCGGCGGCGAAUCUACAGUAUCCUACGAUAACUUGCAAUUUUGGCUUCACCAAAUCGGCAACCCGCCAAUCGUCAAUUUCAAAAACGAGAACGGGUUGGUGAAAAUCUCGUAUUUGGAAUGGCUCGAGGGUUGCCUUUUUGAAAUUUAAAAAACAGAGUGUACUAAAACAUUCGAUGGAAUAUUCAAAAGUUCCAAGUCUUUCAUUAAUUCUCAAGAAAUUCCUACUAAUAAUAAUUCUAAAAAAUGACAAAACGCCAUAGUCGCAUUUGGAAUGGCUUGAAGCUGACUUGAGUUGUUUCUAAGGACAUCGACCGCUAAUAUUUUAUCGUUAAGUGCGUUCCGGAGCAUCCUAACCAUUCCAAUGUGGCCAUGAAAUAUGGAACUUGCUAAAAAGAAAGAAACGAAAUAAAAAAUCUGCAGAACCGCCCAACUGGAGUCGUUCCGAUUCACGCUCCUUGGACGAGGCAUGUCCGAGUGGGCGGAGCGAGCCCAGGCGAUGCAAGACGUGCGCGGUAUUCUCCGCAAAAAUGCCGACAAAUUCAACGUCACCCUUUUCGACGGCGAUUCGGCCAUUCUGUUGAUGAUUCUUUCGGUUGGUAAAACUCUGAAAAUAGGGAAAGACGUAGGAAUUCUGAUAUAAUGGGCAUCAAGAUGAAAUCGGUAAGGGCAUACCUUUCAUAAGGAAACAAUUUUCGAGUCUUAAUAAAGAUAAAUUCAAAACAGGAAUGAAUAAAAGAAAAAAAUCGGUAAGUUUAACAUUUGUCCGUGGCGUUAUACAGAUUUAGUUGAACAGAAAAAAAAACAAAGUUUCUGUUUUCGAAAAUUAACUUUUUAUUCGAUUCAAACGGGUCCUUUUCAUAAAUUUCACGGUAAACUGCCUGGGUGACAUGAUCAGGCAAAGUGAUCGCAUUUUCCAGGUUGGAACCGACUUGAUCGGGUCGAUCGCUGUGACGGUGGCUUGUAUGGCCGUCAUUUGCCUGGUGUUCAUCACCAACAGAACCGCGGUCCUUGUCAUCACCUCCAUGAUCGUCUCCAUCUGCUUCAGUUCGUUAUUCUCCCGUUUUUCGUAGGAUUUUUUGCAAUGGAGCACCUUUGAUAUGAUCAAAACAGCUAGAUAAGGAGUUAAUUAUCUAUUUUGCUGUUAGAUUUUUUAGUAGUGCACAGAUGAUAUAUCAUUUCUGUAAUUAUAUUGAUCUUUACUGCAAAUUAGUCAGUUCUAAGGAUCUUUAAACUGAGAUUCGAUUUCGAACUUUUUUGCAAGUGUAUUGUUUUUCUUUUUGAAAAUCUCUCUGAGAAUGGUUUGUCCAGUUGUCCUUUGCGAAAUUUGAACGAGUCAGAAGUCUCGCGUCCAAAAUCAACUAGUGACCGGUCUCUUUAGAGUUUUUUAGUAUUUUCUCAAUUAAUAUCUGCAUUUAGUGAAUAUGUGCUUUGUAGUGGAAAAAGUUUGGAAUUUUUGGGCCUUUGAGACUCAAUUUUUAUCUUCAUUCGUUUUAGACCAAGAUUCUAGUUAUAAUUAUUGAUCGAUUAGUCGAGCCGAAAGGUGCUAGGAGGGCUUGAUGUUUAGCGUCUUUUUCUCUUGUAUUUAGGCCUUUUUUUCAAGUCUUCAUAAGUUAUUUUCAGCCCUGGUCGGAUGCUUGUCCUGGUGGGGAGCUGACCUGGACCCAGUGACCCAGGUGGACGUUCUCCUGGCCACGGGCUUCAGUGUCGACUACACGGCUCAUGUCGCUUACCAGUACUUCCGUGCCAAGGGAUCCCCUCUCGACCGUGUCCACAUCAGCCUUGCCGAAAUGGCCGAACCCAUGUUGGAGGUAUGGAGAUGCUAUCCGAAAAGAUACGAAAAUUCUUUUUUUUUCAAGUCUUCUUUGUAUAAAGCUCAAUCUUUCUGGAACCUUCUAAACUGUAUUUUUUUUCUCUUCUGGCUGAAAUCAAUCAGAUUUUUACAGUAAUCAAAAUCGUCUUCUUUUUGACUUUUUCCAUGCCAGAUACUCCUAUAGUGUGAAUAGAUCUUUACCAAUUUUUUUUUCAUCUAUUAUAUUUUUCAGGCCGGCUUUUCGACGUUCCUCUGCAUGCUGCCGUUGAUUUUCGUGCCCACUUAUGCGAUCGUUGCCUUCGCCAAGACGAUCUUCUUGGUCGUCGGCAUCGGUAAAGAUCUUCUUGUUGAAUAUUUGAACUUCUUUUUGAAGUUCUUUCCACUCGUUUCUAAUCCGGAGCCGAGAAAGCGAUAUUUUUUUUCGAAUUCCUGAGAAAAAAACAUCAGUUUCAUCAUCGAUACGUUCAUUUUGACAGCGAAUGUAUUUGGAUGAUUUUUCGCCUUGAAAUGGAAAUGAGUUUUUGGGUGAAAUGCUCUCGAAUUUUAGGAAUUUUGUGUUGUGAAUUGGACAAUAUGGAAACUUUAGUAUCGUCAUUUAUUACAUUAACUGGUAUCCGAAUCGUUUUCCGUAGAUUCUAGGAUGCAAAGUAGAACUAAUUUUUUCGUUAUAGUUUUAUUAAUCUUUGAAUGUACAGCUAACUCCGCCCCCUGCAGUAUCUUCCGCGUCACGACCAUAAUGAUUUUUUGAAAUAUCCAUCGAUUUCCAGGUCUCCUCCACGGCCUGUUCAUCCUUCCCGUCGUCCUGGCCUUGUUCAGCUCGGAUCGGCAAGAAGAAGUCCGACUUCCGACAGUCGAGAAAGAUCUCAUCGCUCCGCCUCUUCUGACUGAGCCUCUCGUUGAACGGGCUCUUGGCUAA